CUUGGGAUGGAGUGUGCCAGGCUGUGGGUGGGUGAAUCCUGCUGGUAGGGGCUGUGUCAACUCUGUGCCCUGGCAGAGGCAGGGGUAGGGGAGGAUCCAUCCCUAAUCUCGUCCGCAGGGAGGGAUUCUGUGGGCUGGGGGAAGAGCGGACCCUUGGGGGGGUUUAUGUGAUGGGAUCGGGUCAGAGGUCACCCGUCCGUUUGAGCGCUGGUUACGGCCCCUUUUUCUUCUCCUCCUCCCUCCGUCUCUGCCCCUCUUCCUUGUGCUGGGAUUCCCUUGCUUUCACCCUGCCCUCUUCUCCCCCACCCCCCUUUCUUCCCCCAGCCAUGCAGCAGGUCCUGGACAACCUGAGCGACCUGCCCAACUCCACCGGGGCGGCUGACCUGGAUCUCAUCUUCCUCCGAGGCAUCAUGGAGAGUCCAAUAGUAAGAUCCUUGGCUAAGGCUCACGAGCGCCUGGAGGAGACCAAGCUGGAGGCCGUGAGGGACAAUAACGUGGAGCUGGUGCAGGAGAUCCUGCAGGACAUCGCCCACGUCGCCGGGAGCAACAGCGCGGCCGCCGAGCUGGCACGCAUCCUGCAGGAGCCCCACUUCCAGUCUCUCCUGGAAACCCACGACUCAGUGGCCUCCAAGAGCUACGAGACGCCCCCACCCAGCCCCCUCCUGGACCCCAUGUUCAACAACCAGCCGGUGCCGCCGGAUGCCGUGCGCAUGGUGGGGAUCCGCAAGACGGCCGCGGAGCACCUGGGCGUGACCUUCCGGGUGGAGCGGGGCGAGCUGGUGGUCGCCCGCAUCCUGCAUGGCGGCAUGAUCGACCAGCAGGGCCUGCUGCACGUGGGCGAUGUCAUCAAGGAGGUGAACGGCAAGGAAGUGGGCAACGACCCCAAGGUGCUGCAGGAGAUGCUGAAGAACGCCACCGGCAGCGUGGUCCUCAAGAUCCUGCCCAGUUACCAGGAGCCUCCCCCGCCCCGGCAGGUGUUUGUGAAGUCCCACUUUGACUACGACCCGGCCAGCGAUAACCUCAUCCCCUGCAAGGAGGCAGGGUUAAAAUUCACAGCCGGGGACCUGCUGCAGAUCGUCAACCAGGACGACCCCAACUGGUGGCAGGCCUGCCACGUGGAGGGCGGCAGUGCUGGCCUCAUCCCGAGCCAGCUGCUGGAGGAGAAGCGGAAGGCGUUUGUGAAGCGCGACCUCGAAGUCCCCCCCACGUCCGGUGCCCUGUGCGGCAGCAUCAGCGGGAAGAAGAAGAAGAGGAUGAUGUACCUGACCACGAAAAAUGCAGAGUUUGACCGGCACGAGCUGCUGAUCUACGAGGAGGUGGCCCGCAUGCCCCCGUUCCGCAGGAAAACCCUGGUGCUGAUCGGGGCCCAGGGCGUCGGGCGGCGCAGCCUCAAGAACAAGCUCAUCAUGUCGGACCAGGCGCGCUACGGGACCACCAUCCCGUACACUUCGCGGAAGCCCAAGGACCACGAGAGGAACGGCCAGGUCUACUGCUUCGUGUCGCGGGGGGAGAUGGAGGCGGACAUCAAGGCUGGCCGCUACCUGGAGCACGGGGAGUACGAGGGGAACCUCUACGGCACCAAGAUCGACUCCAUCCACGAGGUGGUGGAGUCUGGCAAGAUGUGCAUCCUGGAUGUGAACCCGCAGGCGGUGAAGGUGCUGAGAACGGCCGAAUUCGUCCCCUACGUGGUCUUUAUCGAAGCCCCGGACUACGAGACGCUCCGAGCCAUGAACAAGGCGGCGCUGGAGAGCGGCGUGGCCACGAAGCAGCUCACGGAGGCGGAUCUGAAGCGGACGGUGGACGAGAGCUGCCGCAUCCAGCGUGGCUACGGCCACUACUUCGACCUCAGCCUGGUCAACGACAACCUGGAGUGGACAUUCCAGCAGCUGCAGGAGGCCCUGGAGAGGCUGCGGGCAGAGCCCCAGUGGGUCCCCGUCAGCUGGGUUUACUAGGAGGACGGGGGAUGGCAUGCUGGGAGCGAAGGCCUCCCCACCCUGCUCCCACGCAGAGGGCACUGCCGACCCGCCUCCCCUCGGCCCUCCCUCCUGCACAAACCACGACGUCUGAAAGCCAAGGAACCCAGAUCCCCUGCCUGCGUCCCAGGCCUGUCUUCGGGGGAGCAGCGGCCCGAGACAGGUCUUGUCCCUCCGAGGGCAGGCGCUAGCUGCAGCUGCCAGUAGGGGGCGGCGAGGCAGGGAGCUGGGUGCUUGUUGAAUAUCCCCCCCCAACCCAGAGUUUUAACCAA